UUCAUGCGCCUCCAACCCGGCAAAAUCGGCAAACGUCACCAACCCCUUUCUCGUUAUCUCGUACCUUUAAUUCCCUUCAAAUUUCUUCUUCAAUGCCACGCAGCUCUGCAAACAACACAAUAAUUCCGCUGUUGAAAAAACUCAGCGAUUCUCUUGGGACCUCGCAGGCAAAGAACGAGCUCCGCUGGCUUGUCGAACACGCCCGCACCACCAUCGCCGAGUCCAACAAACCGCACCACGACUCGCCUAAACUGCUCGCACGGCUCUGGCGCAACCAGCCAGCGCCUUCAGAGGAGGAACUUGAGCUCGAUCGCCAGCGGCUAACACCAGUGCAGUGGGCGUGGCUGCGCCAAGCCGUGCACGACCGGACCAAGCACCACAAGCCUCUGCAGUACAUCAUUGGCGACCAGCAGUUUGGAAAGACAAAUGUGCGUGUCCGGCCGCCGGUACUGAUUCCGAGGUGGGAAACUGAGGAGUGGAUGCUGCGGCUAGCGGAGAUGAUCAAGGCGGAUCGGCCGCUGAGUAUUUUGGAUGCCUGCACAGGUACAGGCUGCUUGGCGCUGGGUCUGGCCAGCGAGCUUCCAGAUGGAGUAGCAACGAUUUGGAACUGGCGAAACGAGAACCUUGCGUUUAACGAGAUGCUACUCAGCAACUCUGUCGAGUUCCAGAGGCUGGACCUGCAGGCACCCAAUACUGCUGCCAAGCUUCUCGGCUUAAAGGCCACAUGGGACUAUGAUCAUCAGCAACCCGCCGGAUCUCGAUCCGGAUGUCAAGGACUGGGAGGACAGGCGAUCGCUGGACGAGGAGCUCGAUCCGUCGGGAUUGCGUUUAUUGUGAAUCUGGCAAAGGUGGCAAGGCAGCUGGGCUUGGACAAGUAUAAUCCGUAUGUCGGCAAGCUACCGCGGCUUGUUGUUGAGAUCGGCGGCGAGCACCAGGUUGAGCCAGUACGCCAGGCGAUGCAUGACCAGGGGCUGAACUCGACCGAGGUUUGGAAAGACAUGGCUGGCACCGAUCGCGUGGUGCUGGGCUAUGUUAAGCCAUGAAUACUGCAUGGCGGGAUCUUGUCAACAUUGGUUUAGUUUCAAAUAUACAUGUAGUUACAGCGAAAGCGAA